UUGGUUGCACGUAACAUUACUCAUUUUUCAAACCCCAACUGUUAUCAAACAAGAUCUCAUCACUCUCCGGAAUCUGCCGCAACCGAGAUUUGUAGCCGAAGUUUUACAAGAACUGAAAGAUGCUACGAACGGUGGUGGAGAAGGAGACAAUAGCGGUCAACGUCAUUUCCCUAAUCUACCGUAGACGCAUGAGCACUAACAGGAUAUUCUCAUUGAUGAGCUUUGGAGAUAGUAGCCAUGGCGCUCUAGGACUGCCUACCUCUCCUGUUGGCCUCGGGGUCGAUGCGUACGAACCGAUUCGAGUGCCCGGCCUUCCCUCCGAUAUCGCAACUGUUGGCGCGGGACACUACCACUCCCUUGCCGUCACAUCCCAAGGUGAGCUUUGGGGUUGGGGCAGAGACCUUGAAGCCCAGCUCGGCCGUGGUUUUCUUUCUCCCAGAGAUUCAUGGAAUGAACCUCAGAGAGUUAUGGGGUUGGAGAAAGUAAGAGUCCAUUCUGCAUAUGCAUCUGGGGUUGUUUCUGCAGCCAUUGGAGAUGAUGGUUCUCUUUGGACUUGGGGAAAGUCUGAGCGUGGUCAGCUUGGUCUUGGAAAGGAAGUCAUUGAAGCUGUUGUACCUAAGAAAAUCGAAGCACUUGCAGAAGAAAAGAUAACCAAAGUCUCCUUUGGCUGGGGACAUGCUCUUGCAAAGACUGAGGAUGGAAAAUUGUUUGGCUGGGGUUAUUCAGCUGAUGGCAGGUUAGGAAGCAUUGCCGAAACUCUGGACACAUCACCACUGGAUUCGAGCUCAAUUAGAAACAAUGGAGAAUUGUUAAGCUCGUCAUUAGAGGCUGCUGAGAAGUUGAUUUUGAAAGGAAUGGAGGAGGAGAAAAACAUGCCAAUAAUAUGGGAGCCUCGUUUAGUGGGUGAACUGAAUGGUGUUGAUGUUGUGGAUAUUGCUUGUGGCCUUGAUCAUUCUCUAAUUCUUUGCGGUAAUGGAGCUCUAUUAAGCUGCGGCAGCAACACAUAUGGUCAACUGGGGAGACUAGAGCAAGUUCUGGGAAUGUUUCCAGUUGACUCAAACUUCCAUCUGACAUCUAUUGCUUCAGGUCUUGGCCAUUCUUUAGCAAUUUUCCAGUCUGCGCCAUCGGUCGAUGCAGAAGGUGCCACAAGCAUUGUCUCAUGGGGAUGGAAUCAGUGCUCUCAACUUGGAAGGGCGGGACCUGCAAACAUUCCAAUGACAGUUGAAGGAUUGGAAGUGGAAAUUCCCGUUUCAGUGGCAGGAGGACGUGUGCAUUCCAUUGCUUUGACAUCUAAGGGAGAAGUUUGGGUUUGGGGCUGUGGGAAGAAUGGAAGGCUUGGUUUAGGAAGCUCCACCGAUGAGGCUGAGCCUAUUUUGCUUCAUCAUUUGGAUGGUUAUGAAGUUAUAGAAGUUGUAUCGGGUUUCGAUCAUAAUCUUCUUCUAGUUGCUGAUGAAUAAUGUAUCUUGAUAAACAGUGGCUGCCUGGUUCGAAUUUAUAACUCUUACAUAUAUGGUAACAAAUAGUAAUAAAAAGUAAAUGUUGCAACUGAGAA